UUUGGUAGAAAGAGAGAGAGAGAACGAGAGUGAGCGAGAGAUAUAGAGGGAGAGGGAAGGAGAGAGACGACUCCUAAGAGACAAAGCGAAUGCGCGCAUCGCGAGAGAGUGGCCAAAGCGAGAAUUGCGCCGCCGAGAUUUAUCAAGCAGAAGCUCAGAAGGGAAGAGAGUUGCCCCGACCGACGACCAACCAAAAUCGGUCGUAGUAAACUGCCGCACACGUCUUCUAAACGUGUCUCUUGAACACGAUAAGGAUAGACAAGGGGAACCUACUUAAAUGCCUCGAACGAAUUCUUACUCCAUGUUGUGCGUUGGUUGCAACACGACUGCGUGUUGGAAAGUGAAUGUAUGGUGACACGCGGUUGUGAAGGAGCAACUGGAGAGCGAGCUGUGGCAAGAGAACUUUAAUUAUCUCCCAUUUAGUUGACUGCAAUUUGCUCGACAUUGUUUCGAGUGAUUGCACAUAGGAUAAAACUAAGAACUUUGUUCUAUCAUCGAGGUUUUAUUGGGAUAAAUAAAGAAAAUGGAGCGAGAAUCUAAUCCAAUGCAAGCUCUGUGCCGCAGCGGCUGUGGAUUUUAUGGCUCCCCAGCCACGGAUGGCCUUUGUUCUCUCUGUUAUAAAGAAAAUCUAAAAAAGAAGCAGCAACCUCCUGUGUCAGCUGCCACUGUACCAACAUCACAGACCGUCUCUGGCAACGCUGGCACGUUGCAAGCUGGUUUUGGUAGUCCUGCAGCUACAGGAACUACGGCUCAACCAACCAUUCCUACCAUACCUCAAUCAACGACAGAUCUGCCCAACCCCAAAGAAAUAAAUAGAGAAGAUCAAGAAAGUGAAGUAGGUGUAAGCAGUGGAGCAGUAGCAGAAGGAUCUGUGAGUAGUGGUGAUGCAGAUGACUGCUUCGAUGGCAAAGAGACUGACAAAGAAUCUAAGAAGAAGAAAAAUCGUUGCGCCGUGUGUCGCAAAAAAGUUGGUUUGACGGGAUUCGAAUGCCGUUGUGGGGGACUGUUCUGCUCUGUGCAUCGAUACAGUGACAAGCACGAUUGCAAGUUCAAUUAUAGAGAAAUGGGCGCUCAAGAGAUUCGGCGCAACAAUCCAGUUGUUGUUGGUGAAAAAGUGCAAAAAAUUUGAACUAUUUAGUGCGUAGAUCGUUGGGAAAAUGGUUAUAUAACUAUAUAAACAAAACAGAAUAUAAAACAAAAACACGGAGAAAAAAACGAGAUAAAUUAUCUGGCAGCUGAUUGCACGUCGAGGGGCAAGACGGGUGAAUGUGAGGAUCAUGAACGAAAGGUAGCAGGGAAUUAGUAUGAAAGAGUGAGAGUGAGGGAGAGAAAGAAAAUUGUAAUAAAUGUGUUAGAACAAGUAAGAGUGAAAGUUGCAAGCUUAUUGUGAUGGUAGAGAGGAAAAAAUAAGAGAGAAUGGGAAAUUUAAAAGUUAUAAAACAAAUUGGUUUGUACACGACAUUGCAAAUAUAAUAUAUAUAUAUAUAGAAACGCCGAAAAGAAAAGAUAUAUAGACGAAAUUUUUCGAACGAAGAUUGAAAGAAAAAACACAAAUAGGAAAGAAAUACUAAUGCGAAAAGCAAAAAGAUGAACAAAGAAACAAAUUAGAGUGAGUGCCGCGUGUACGAAUGGGUUUGAGAAAAUUUUUGAAUGCUAGUGCCAUGUCAGAUUUGUUAUCUUAAGCGAGAGAUUUUAAUCGAAAAUAUAUUUCGUUGUAACACUGCUGCGCGCGCUGCCAGCUUAGUACUACUAUUACCUUUAUUAUCUAUUAUGUUUUAUUAUUAUUAUUCUUCUUUAUGUUUAUUAAUUUACUUGAAAAGAAAGAAAAUGCAAAAUUUGCGUACGAAAGUGAUUGUUUUCUUUUUUUUUCUCUUUUUUUUUUAAAUUAAACGUUAUAGAAGAAAGAACACGAAUUCUUGGUGCGAUCUUGGUUGAUUUUGUUUCGAGAUGUCUCAUCGAGAGUUCUGGGUUUUUGAAUUGAGAGCGAGAGAGGGAGAGAAAGAGAGAGAGCGCGCGCGCGCGAGCGGAUGAGCGUGGGCGAGUGAAUAAAGAAAAUUUUAUAUGUAUAUAAUCUAUUUCUGUUUCGUUCAUAAUAUCCAAAAAGCAAAAAAAAAAAAAGGGAAUGUUGCUUAGGUAGCGGCUGACGUUGAUGGGUGAUCACAAUCCUAGGUUAACAAUUAGUCUAAUAAUUAUUAAGUACAUUAGUCUAUUGAUUCAUAAAUAAUGCAAUGAAGUAUAAGUAGUACUGUGUGUUUAUGUCCAAUUUCACGUGAAUAUAACCAAGCAUUAUUCCUCAUUAAAUAUGUUUCAAACUAUAUUGCAAAUCAAUUAUUUACGCCACGCGUUAACAAUUAUCUUCGCCAGGUGAAGAGAAAAAAAAAGAAUAAAAUGGCGAGCCCUAUAAUAAUUCUUCGUCUGAUUCCCUAAAAUGAUAUGUCGAGAUUAGGAAGAAAAUUAGGUUGUGUCACGUGACUCGUCCAGUUGGUAUUCUCGUUUCUUUCGUCUCUAAAUGAAAUUUAUAUUGCGUAUAUAUAUUGGUGCUAAAAUACACUUUGUACGAUGAAACGUCUAAAGGCCAACCAGAAAUUUAAAAGAAAAAUAACGAACGAGAGGCCCCUCGACGAAGGGACGACUAUCGGCCCUGUUGUAUUGAUUUAUAUAUAUAUAAAUAUAUAUAUAUAUAUAUAAAAGAGAAAUAUUUCUCCGUCUGUCUUUAACCAUUUUCUUCCGUGUUGCAAUACUUUUUAACGAAAUGAAAAAAUAGUAAAAAAAAAAAAAAAAGAAAAGGAACAAUAACACGAAAGAAACGUGCGUUUCAGUUUUUUGUUCAGCGUGUCUCUUGACUCUUAGAUUAGGUCGUAGAGAAAGAGAGAGAGAAAGAAAAGAAAUUGCCGUAGAUAAUGAGUUUUAUGUCGCUUCUAAAUGCAAACAAAA